CAAGUCAACACAACAGCAACAACGAACGCAGCUAAAUAUACAUUGCCUCGCCUGGGAGAUAUGAGUGCAGACACCUCCGAUAUCCAGAUGGGAACAACUAGCUUCGUCCAUUUCAUCUGCCCCUGUUUCCUCCUAGCUUCUGCAGCUUAUUGCUUCUCAUCCCCUCCUCUCGUUGGAGUUCAUCCCCUAGACGAAAAAUAUUAUAGGUCGGAAGUGAUCAAAUGCAAGGACGGAACCAAAUCUUUCCCCAGAGAUCGUCUCAAUGACAAUUUUUGCGACUGCACUGAUGGCACUGAUGAGCCUGGAACAUCUGCUUGUCCAACUGGAAAAUUUUAUUGUCGAAACUUAGGAAGCAGGCCACAGUUUAUAUUCUCUUCUCGUGUUAAUGAUAAUUUUUGUGAUUGUUGUGAUGGGAGUGAUGAGUAUGACGGCAGCAUCCAUUGUCCAAAUACAUGCGUCAUGGGUGGAAAUGUAGAAUACAGGUCUGAUCUAGUCUCUAGUGGGGCAAAAAAGACAGACGAUGGAAUGAAGUUGGAGGAAUCAGUUUAUAACCUUACUGCCCUGAAGGUUGCUAUUGUCCUUCAACUGGUUCUGGUUAUUUUUGCUGUCGUUCUCUUCUGUUUCCGUUGCCGUAACAGAUAUAGAAGGACGCGUUACCAUUGAACAGAGGUUGUUCUUGUUGUUUGCCCAUUUUUACCCCAGAAUCAUUUCAUAAGUUGAGGACCUCCAUGAUACUAAAUUUUCAAGGCAAGCAGCAUGGGAAACAUAAAGAAAGAAAGAAGCUCAUCAACAACUUUAUCAGUAUUAGAAUUUAGAUCUUUGGGAAACGUGUAUAAAAACCUGAUCUGAUGCAGGGUUUUUACUUUGAGAUAUGAAAUGAAUAACCUCGCCAAUAAUGCUAUUCAGCUUGUUUAAAUAUCCCGAUAUCAUUCAGGUCCUAGAGUUGAA